AAGAAGAAAACCCUAGGUUGCUAAAACCCUCAUCAACAUCCGUGCUGGUGAAAUCCGUCAAAAAUGGCAUGGCGUGGUUCGAUCUCCAGGGCAAUGAUGUCCGCCGCAAGAACAUCUUUCCGAUCCACCGCUCGCCUCCGUCGGCCGCCGCUCUCCGCUCCCCCCCGUUUCACCUCCCGCCGCCUCGGAAACCCUAGGAUGCUGGGAGAAUUAGGAUGUGCGCAAUCGCUGAUGACGCUUGCCGGAGCAAGGAUGGCGUCACACCUGACCGUCAAUGUGCGCGCCUUUUGCGAGCUGUCUCAUGGUACCUUCUUCUGCCGCUCUUGUCAGGAUCGCUAGUUGUUAGAUUUUAGGUACUUGAUGACACAUUGGUUAGGCAAGUGUUGCAAAGAGUGUUUGGGGGCAGUCAUAGGAAGGGAUUCAUCCAUUGGAGCAGUUUGUGUCUUUGGAGUUGAAAUAUUUAAUAAAGUUUUGAAGUUUUUGCAUCUUAUUUUUCCAGUGAAGACUGGUUUGAGACAUGUUUCAUGUACAUUAUGUUAGUUGAUGCUCAUCAAUUAUAUUUGGAUUCUAAUUUCUAAACCAUAUUAUAGAAUUACUAGCAGGGUGCCCGCGCGAUGCGGCGGGGGUGACAAUUUGCA